GCCUCGGUGAGCUCUAUGACCAUGCUUCAGUCGCAGAAGCUGUACGGCGACGCUGGUAGCCUGGGCGGCGCGAUGACCAGCGCCGCGAUGUCCACGAUGGGCAGUAUGGCGCCGACGUACAGCUCUAUUAACUGCAUGUCGAUGGGCAUGUCGAUGGGCGUUGGAGUCGGGCCGAGCUGUAGCCCGCAGGGCGCCGGCAGUUUUAACAUGAGCACCAUGAGUUCUGCCAUGGGGAUGGCCUCGAUGGGUGGAGGUGGUAUGGGGGCUUACGGAAGUGCUUCUAUGGGUGGCGGUAGCGCCUGUAUGAGCGCCGUCGGCUACGGGCCAUUGACGCCUGGCGGUGGCGCCGGGGUUACCAGGGAUCCUCUAUCUCUAACCGAGCCAGAUUCGCCUAAUUCUGCCCUGCAACGUGCUAGAACGGACAAACCGUACCGCAGGAGUUACACCCACGCGAAACCGCCAUAUUCGUACAUCAGUCUGAUCACCAUGGCCAUACAGAACGCGCCAACCAAGAUGCUCACGCUGUCAGAGAUUUAUCAGUUCAUCAUGGACCUGUUCCCUUUCUACAGGCAGAAUCAGCAACGCUGGCAGAACUCCAUCAGGCAUUCCCUCAGCUUCAACGACUGCUUCGUCAAAAUUGCAAGAACACCUGAUAAACCUGGCAAAGGAUCCUUCUGGUCCCUUCAUCCGGACAGUGGGAACAUGUUCGAGAACGGUUGUUACCUUCGCCGUCAGAAGAGGUUCAAAGAUGAGAAGAAGGAGCUCACAAGACAGAAUAACAAACAUCAACAGCAUCAGCAACACCAUACCAGCCCGGCUGCUGCGGCCGCCGCAGCAGCGGCAGCCGCCGCCGGACAUAACAGCCCUACGUCUCUCGAGAUGGCUCGCGCAGGUAAGAGGACACCGUCACACCAUGGACCUCAACAACAGGACGAUAAGGAUCUCCAUUCGCUGGUGUCUUCUCAUCAUCUUCAUCAUACACCAGCCGAUCUUCACCAUCAUCACGCCGCGUUGAAGAGCGACACGACAGACAUAGGCGGUCUUCUUGGUCCCGAUCUGAGCGCUGCUCACGAUGAACUCACUGCAAUGGUCAGUCGAAGCCUUCCACCACACCUGAUCACCGAUCCCGCGGCCCUUCAUCACGGAAUGACGGGCAGCUUGAAGCAGGAACCAUCUUACACCGCCGCCAGCCAUCCGUUCAGCAUCACCAGGUUACUGCCAGGCGCGACGGCGGGCACGUCACCAGGUGCUCAAGACACGAAACCUCCAGAGAUGAAGAUGUACGAGCAGUUGCACCAGAGCUACGCGAACUUUGGCUCGCCUCAUCAUACUCACGCGCACUCUGCUCCGCCAAGUCAUCACCAUCACAACGGGAUGCACACGGGGUCGAAUGCAGCUGGUCCAAUGCACAACAUGACCAAUCAUCAUCAUCAGGAAUAUUACCAGAGCCCGUUGUACCAUCACGCGACCAGCGUCGCGAGCAACAGCGCACCCCCGCCGCCCUCCGUCGCCACAGCGGCUCCUGGCUUGUGACAUCACGCUACCCACCCCUACGCCUUGGCCUGAGUCGCUGCAGUCGCGGCUUACGCCGCCUCGAACACGGCCAGCCUUGUUCUUCCCGCUCAUCCUCAUCAGCAGAGUCAUCAACAGCCGACCGUUUCAUCGUCUUCGUCCUCUUCGUCGUCCUCUUCUUCGUCCUCGCCCUCGACGUCCUUGCAGCCCGCCGCGUCCGUCUCUACGAUAAGAAUUUCCUCGAUGCAGAAGGAAUGUCAACGACGUAGAAGUCGAA